AUGAUCCUUCUCCAGCUUGUCUUCGCUGUGGCGGCGUAUGCUGCGUUCUCGCUCCCCAAAACCGACCUUGCCCUACUGGGCCCUGUUUACAGGGCUCAAUUGGACCCUUCCGCAGAUGCGUUUGUGAAGGCCGCUACCCAAGCAACAGAAGCGGUGCAGAAAGCAGUCACUUCUGGAAACACUUCAUAUGGCAUUUUGGACACCAAGGGAACGUCGUUCUCCGCUUCGUUCUUUAUAGUGGGAAGCGAUGAUCCCUUGUUUGAAUACCAUUUCGAGGCUCCGGACCUGAAUGGCUCGUAUACGAAAGGGAACCUGACAGAGAAUACCGUAUACCGAACUGGAAGUCUGGCCAAGGUACUUACUAUGUAUGUGUGGAUGGUCGAUAUUGGGGAUUCCGUUUUCAAUGACCCAAUCACAAAGUAUAUCCCUGAGCUGGCGGCAGCUGAACUGAUACCCUCCAAUGCACUGUUCCCUACAAAUUGGAGUGAAGUCACGGUUGGCGCAUUGGCGAGUCACAUAUCCGGUAUAGGGAAUAACUUCCACACUGGGGAUUUGGCUCUCACAGGAUAUGGGACGCCACCAGUAGCCGCGGACAUCCUGCUUGGGUAUCCUCCACUAGACGGAGAGAACGUGCCGCAGUGCAAUUUUUAUGGUCCCCAGGAAAGCUGCACGCGACAACAGCUUUUGAAUGGUAUCAUCGAACACCCUCCAGUCUAUCCGUCUUACACCACCCCUGUCUACUCAAACCUGGCGUUCGCCAUCCUUGCUCUAGCCUAUGAAGAAAUCACCAAAGUCCCGUUUGAUGUCAGCUUCAGUCGAGUCUACAACGAAUCGCUAGGACUUUCCUCUACUACCGCUAGAUAUCCGCCGAAGGAUGCUGAUGCCAUCAUCCCGAGAAACGAAAGCUUUUCUCUUUUUUCAUACGAUCUAGGACUGGAAGCACCUGCCGGAGGACAAUAUACGUCAACAAAGGAUUUGAGGAAAAUCGCCCAAUCGAUUCUUGAUAGCGAAUUGUUGCCAUCCUACAUCACGCGACGAUGGCUGAAACCUAGGUCAUUUACCUCGCAGUGGAACGCGGCAGUUGGGGCCCCCUGGGAGAUUUACCGAAAAGAAAUCCUAGCUAAUACUAUCAUCGACGCGGGUCGCAUUGUGGAUACUUACUCAAAAUCCGGAGACGUGGGGGCGUAUUCUACCUUUAUUGGCCUGGUGCCAGACUAUAACAUCGGCGUGACUGUUCUUGCCGCAGGAGACGCACCUCAAAGCUCGGUGUAUGCGAUUCGCGACAUUCUUGUUGAUAUCUAUUAUCCAGCAGCCGAAGCCGCAGCCAAGGAGAAGGCCCAAAGGGCAUUCUCCGGUACUUUUGCCGCCAAAGAUCGUAACUCGUCGAUAACUUUGACCGUCGAUGGAGGACCAGGAGUUACAAUCACCAAUUGGGUGAGUAACGGCACCGACUUUUUGGCAGGAAUUCUCGCUCCCUACUCUGAUUUCCGCCUAUACCCCACCGAACUGAGUGCCUCGACGGGAGAUGAUGGAUUAACGUAUUAUUUAUACCAUCUCAACUCGCUGCAGCAAAACGGCGAGCCUUUUACGCAGGACUUCUGGUCUCCUUACAACAAUGAAUGGAUCAUGGUCGAUGCGUUGGAUUACAAUAAUCUGGCCACGGACGCCUUCACCAUUGGCUUUGACAAACAGGGUGUGGUGCAAUCUGUUCGGUGCCAAGCGCUACGCUCUGAUAUGUAUCGAUCAGGAUGA